AUGGAGGCAUCAGCAGCGGCGGCGGCGACUUGGCAGCCACAGGAAGAAGGAUUCAAGGAGAUCUGUGGAUUAUUAGAGCAUCAGAUUUCACCAACUUCAACAGCCGACAAGUCACAGAUUUGGCAACAACUUCAACACUUCUCUCAAUUCCCCGAUUUCAAUAACUACCUUGCCUUCAUCCUCUCUCGCGCCGAGGGGAAAUCGGUGGAGAUUAGGCAGGCGGCGGGUUUGUUGUUGAAAAAUAACCUAAGAAAUGCGUAUAAAACCAUGACGCCUGCGUAUCAACAGUAUAUAAAAUCGGAGUUGUUGCCAUGUUUAGGAGCGGCUGAUAGGCAUAUAAGGUCGACCGUGGGGACGAUUAUAAGUGUUGUCGUUCAAUUAGGAGGGAUUUUGGGAUGGCCGGAGUUAUUGCAAGCUCUCAUUACUUGUUUGGAUAGCAAUGAUCUUAAUCACAUGGAAGGCGCUAUGGAUGCUCUGUCGAAGUUUGUGAUGUUGAUGAAUGCGGACAAGGAGAAAAAUGCUUAUAAGAAUAUUUGUGAGGAUAUUCCUCAAGUUUUGGAUUUGGAUGUGCCUGGGUUAUCUGAUCGACCCAUUAAGAUUAUCCUUCCUCGAUUAUAUCAGUUUUUCCAGUCACCUCAUACUUCUCUGAGAAAGCUUGCAUUGGGAUCUGUGAAUCAAUACAUUAUGUUAAUGCCUGCUGCUCUAUAUGCAUCCAUGAAUCAAUAUCUUCAGGGCUUGUUUGCUCUUGCUAAUGACCAGGCUGCAGAAGUGCGAAAAUUGGUUUGUGCAGCUUUUGUACAGCUAAUUGAGGUCCGACCAUCUUUCUUGGAGCCACAUUUGAGAGAUGUACUUGAAUAUAUCUUGCAAGUCAACAAGGAUCGUGAUGAUGAAGUGGCUCUUGAGGCCUGUGAAUUCUGGUAA